CAGCACUAACCUCGGUUCUUGAUGAUGCGCCAGCUCAGUUCCAUCAUUCGCUCGUUUCAGUGACAGCGCAAAUCACGCUCGAUUAGACGCACAGAUGACGAGGCUUAGAGAUCACGAGUGCUAGGUUCGGCACUUAUCCUGAUGUCGCACCUUAGCAGCACCAUUCCUUUAGCUAGACACGCGCCGGCACGCCGGCAUGUGGAAAGCGAGUUAAAACUCGCUGACCGACGGGCGGGGGGAGCGAACGAAUGGAUUGUCGGCGACGCCCAACUAGACUCCGAGAAUCUGCCAAUCACAGAGCUUUGGCGGCGAAGCGUUGGCGGCGCCGCCUCGGGCUGCAGUGAGAGGGGCAGUGCGAGUGAUAGUAACGAGGGGAGGAACAGUGUAGGCCGAAAGCCGCGUGAGUUUUACGACACCAGAAAUGGAUCAAGUAACAGUGGGGUGGUAAACGGUAGAAGUAGACGGACGGCGAGCAAAUCGGGGAGGAGCAACACGCCGUUAGAUGCGCCGUCAGAUGCGGCAUCAGAUGCGGCGUCAGAGGGGGAGGGGGCUAGCACGAGCGUCAUUACGCGCCGGCGGCGAUUUCCGAACUUAACUAUCCAAAUUCCCGUUAGUGAUUUCACCAGUACUAUUCCAGAGCCGGUCGCUGACACGGCCGGCCAAGACCGCGCGAAAGGCUCGGGCGACCAGCUCCGCGUCGCAGGCGACACCGUGCGACGCCGCCCGAGCGACGGGUUUGGCGGGGCGGAAAGGAGACCUCGGCCAGACACGAGGGGGUCUGGCAGCAGUUGCGGGAGCGGAAGGAGAAGGAGCAGCAGAGCUGCGGGGGAUGACGGAGCGGGGGAAGAGAGGGGGGGGAAGGCAGUUCCUAAUGAGUCUUACCUACGGCAAUCGAGCGAGAGAUCGGAUUGGGCGGAGAGAGCGGCGGAAAAGUGUGAGAGAGCGGCGGGCAAAGGCGGAAGAGCAGAUGUUUCGGGGAGGGACGAGUGCGCUGGUAUCGGGGACGGCCUCUCGCACGCGGCGGGAAGAGCGGAAAGAGCGGAAGGAGCGCGGAGAGCGGGGGAAGGGGGGGAAGGAGAGUUGGGCGGGGAGCAGGAGGAGGGUAUGUACGCGGUUGUGCGGCUGAUGCGGCGGCGCCUGGGGGAGGAGAAGGAGCGGCGCGAGGCGGCGGAGCGGGAGAAGGAGGAGUGGGAGCGGCGGUGGGAGGCGGCGGAGAAGGAGGCGCGGCGGUGGCGGCGGAAGCUGCAGCGCGCGGAGGAGCUGGCGGAGGCGAUGAGCGCGGAGCGGGGCAGACUGGCGGGCGACCUCAUGCGCGCGCUGGAGCAGGCGGAGCGCGCAGUGGCGGCAGUGGCGCAGGCGGAGGAGGACCGGGCGCACCUGGAGGUGGCGGCGGGGGAGGCGGAGAAGGAGCUCCGCCUGCUGCGCGCGCAGUGCCUGCAGCUCAAGUCCGACCUGCGCCAAGUGCGCACUGCACCCCCCCCGCCCUCCUCCUCCUCCUCCUCCUCCUCCUCCUCUUCCUCCUGCUCCUUCCCCUCCACCUCCUCCUCCUCCUCCUCUUCCUCGUCCUCUCACUCCUUCGGCGCGAGCUCACGCUGCUCGGCGCGCUCCUCUCAGUCGCACCGCAAGCCAUCCCCCACUCCCACUCUCCCGUUGAUCCGCUGGGGCAGCCUGGGGAGCCGUCUACCUGCCCUCCCCUCCUCUGCCCUUUCUUCCUCCUCCUCCUCCACCUCCUCCUCUGGCCUCUGCCACCCUCCUAACACAUCGUCAGCCGUCCCAUUAUCUCUCACAGAGGCGCCUCUCCUUCCGGCGGCUUUACCUGGGGGCGCUCAGGGCAGUGCGAAGGGGGAGCGCCACGAUUGUCUCAUGUGCGGAGCGGAGAACGGCGGGGAUGUUCUCUUCACCUUGCGCGCGUUGCGGCGGGAGAAGCACGCACUACAGCAGAAGGUGUGCGAGCUGCAGCAGAGGGUAAGUGAGCAGCAGGCGACGGCUAAAGAGCAGCAGCAGCGGCUGGGGAGAGCAGAGAGGGAGCGGGAGGAGUGGAGGGCGCAGGCCGGGGAGGUGGAGAGGGGCCGAGAGCGGUGCGUGCAGGUGCUGCGGGAGGAGCAGCAGGCGGUGCAGCAGCGGCUGGUUGUAGCAGAGGAGAAGCGGGCUGUAGCAGAGGCGGCAGCGAGGCAGGCAGAGGAGAGGGUAGCGCGGCUAGUUAGGCAGGUGGCUGGGAUGGCUGCCGUUGCUGUGGGGGGAAGGCGGAGUGGGAGUGGGAGUGGGGGAUUGGCUGCUGUUGGUGGGGGGGGGAACUGGGAGGCGCAGGGGGCGGGGGGGAGCGAGAAGGGUGUGAGGGACGGGGUUGGGUCCGUUGAGGGUGAGAGGAUGGGGAAUCAGGAGGGGUUGGGGAUGAGCUGGCAGCAGCAGGGGCAGCAGGGGCAGCAGGGGCAGCAGGGGCAGGAGAGAGCAGGUCAAGGGGAUGUUCAGGCGAUGGUGGGCCGUUCAACCACUAUGGAAGGACACAGGAGAGAGAGAGAGAGAGAGAGAGAGAGAGAGAGAGAGAGAGAGAGAGAGAGAGAGAGAGAGAGAGAGAGAGAGAGAGAGAGAGAGAGAGAGAGAGAGAGAGAGAGAGAGAGAGAGAGAGAGAGAGAGAGAGAGAGAGAGAGAGAGAGAGAGAGAGAGUCUGUGUGUUUGAGCCCCAGCCGUUCCUACUACCGCUCGCGCUCCUCUCGUGCGCGGCCGCACGCCCAAGCACUUGUAUCCGCCGACAGCCCUUCCCUCUCUGGACUCUGCCCAAACGCAGCAGCAGCAGGAGGAGCAGGAGCAGCAGCAGCAGCAGGAGGUGCAUCCGGUGCUCCCUCGGCUGCAGGCACUCUCAGCUCUGCCGACGGCUGCUCGCUCGACGGCGCAUCCUACUCCUACUCCCGCUGCAGUACCGUCACAGCCACCCAUCCCUUCUCCACCAACUCCUCCUCUCGCCCUCCCACGCCCCCCUCCCGCCCCUCCACCCCUCCCCCCUCCUCCUCCCCCCCCACCUCCUCCCUCACAUCCCUAUUCCUCUCUCAUAUCUUCUCCUGGACCUCCCCCUCCCCCUCCCCUGGUACGUCCCCCAGCCCCUCACCAGGCCCCUCCCCUGCUCCCUCUCCUGAGCGCCCCCCUGAUCGCCCCCGUAGCUUGCUCCCUGCUGGUAGCCGCAGCAGUAACAGCAGGAGGGGGGGCGAUGGGGGGAUGAGAGCGGCUGUUGCAGGGGUGGGAGGGAGGGCGGUGAGAGGGGGAGGAGGAGGAGGAGGGAUUUCUGGCGCUUGGCUAGGGGCGGGAGCGGGAGGGAGGGAAUCGAUUGUGUCAGGAGGGGUUAGGGAAAGGGGGGAGAGAGAGGGGGGUGGUGGUAUGCUGGCAGAAGCGCCACCAGCAGCAGGAGGAGCAGCAGCAGGAGCCAUGACAGGCAGUGGCAGGUUGGCUUCUGGUUGUGCCUCCCCUGCUGUUGCCUCUUCUGCUGCUGCUGCUGCUGCUGCUGCUGCUGCUGCUGCUGCUGCCUUUGCUGUUGAUCCUGGCCCUUUAGGUGGUAUUUGGAUGCGAGGCAGCAUGGGCGAUGGGGAUUCAGGCUGUGCCGGUGCUGCUGGCAUGGGCGGGCCCUCACUAGGCCAUGCAGAGGGGUGGCAAGGAGGGGGAAUGGGAGAGGAUGGCGCAGCAGGAGCACUGGCAGUAGGUAUGGAUAGAUUGGGAUUAGGGCUAGAUGACCUGCUCUUGCAAGUACAGGGGGAGGAGGUGAGCUUGGGGGGCAGCAGGAGUUUGGAAAGGGGAGGCGGUGCCUUGGAGGGGAAUGUGAGGUAUUUCGACCAGGGAAGCAGCAUUACGGGGUUGUUGCAGGGGCGCGGGCAGCGGAUGGGCGUUUGGGAAGGGGAAGGUGGGGAAGGGAUGGAGUUGAGGGCUAGGGAGGAGCAGUGGGUUGGGGACAGGGAUCCUUACAGGAGCAUGCUGGCUCAUUCGCAGGUGGUGUCUCCGCUUGUGGCGAAUGCGAUGCAUCAUCAUAGCUCGCCAGGGCAGUUUGUGAAUGCGUAUGAGUAUGUCGUUCCAAACUAGGCUGUGGAAGGAAGGCAUGAUGAAGUGUUGUGCUAGAUUUGUUAAAGGAUGGACUUGCAGGAGUCAUGAGUUGGUUUUGCAAAACUUGGAGGUGGUGGGAGUGAGAUGAAAUGUAGAAUAUGUACCAGUUCUCAAAGAGGGUU